UGCCAGACCCCUGGGGUGGCGGGUGGCUCUAUGGGGGUGUUACCAAUUCCCUCCCCACCCUCCUGGCACCCUCGGGGUCACCCCACAGCGCCUGGCUGGGCCCCACCGGGGCAGAUGGGGUGAGGCUGGGCUUCCGUGGCUCCUCCCUGGGUUUCGGCAGCUCGGCCUCCCCUUCCCGGCACCGCCAUCGCUCCUCCUCCGUGUCCCCCACCUGUGGGGCCCCACACCCUCCCCAGGAACGGACCUUCUUUGGGGACAGUGACACCGGUGGCAGGAAGGUUGGGGUGGUGGCCAUGGUGUGGCCAAACGGUUCCAGGCACCCAGGAUCGCCCCUUCCUGCCCCUGGGGGUUUAGGGGGGUCCCACCUGGUGGGGGACCCGCUACGGGUGGCAGCGGGGGACCCCGGGGACCCAGCGUGGGGCCGGGAGGAAGCGCCCGUCGCCGCCGUGCGGAAGCGGUGCCGGCGCGGCCAUGCUGCACCCCGGAUGUGCCGUUCCGGUGCGGAGAGGGAUGGGGUGUCUGCCAGGGCCCUGGCGGAGCCGCACACCCACUGCCACCAGCUCGAGGACAUCCAACGUGACUCCAACCAUCUCCAACACGGGGAUGACCAAUACGCCUCUGUCCAGCCUGGCCACAGUGUCAUCUCCAUCCAGCCUGGCCACAGUGUCAUCUCCAUCCAGCAAAGUGAGCACAACGGCAGCUCCACCAUCUUCACCCAACCCAACUGCCACAGUGUCUCCAUCCGUGACACCAGGCUCAGGGGUGUCCACACCUUCACCCAAUCCAUCCACCACAGUGUCUCCAUCCGUGACACCAAGCUCAGGGGUGUCCACAAUAUCUUCACCCAACUCAACCACCACAGAGCCUCCAUCCAUGUCACCAGGCUCAAGGGUGCCCACAACACCUUCACCCAACUCAACCAUGACAUCGCCUCCAUUCGUGACACCAGGUUCGGUGGUGCCCACGACACCUUCACCCAACUCAACCACGACAUCAGCUCCGGCAGCAUCUACAACGCCUUCGCCAUCCCCAUCCAACACGACAUCUUCAGCCACCAGGCAUCCAUCCAACUCGACGGCAGCGCCCCCCAGCCCCACUUCUGUGCCCACCGUGAGCCCUAGGCCUAACAGCACCUUGGCCACCAGCUCCAGAAUGACACUGGCCAUCAGCAUCAGCACUGUGGCUGACAACUUGGGUGAGAACCAGGCUGGGAGGGGGGGCACCAUGUGGGCAGGGAGCCCCCAGACCCGCCGAUGGGCAUGGCAGCAGCCCCAGGCGGCCCGGGGUCCCGAGCCCGAGGGGGCCCGGGUGGUCUUCACCAUCGAGGAGAGCGGCCCCAGCAGCGGCGACGAGGCCGAGCCCCCCCGGUAA